ACUGUUAGCAACAUGAAAAGUUUGUUAUUAUUGUUGCCAUUGUAAUUGUUUUAGGUUGAUCCAAAUACAAUUCUUCAUUACUUACCCUUAUUACCGGAUAAUUCAAUUACUAGCUUCCAAUAUUCCUUAAAACAACUGAGGCUUAACUCAUCUGCAGCCCCAAAACCCACUAUCAAGAAUUCCCUAAAAAUGUCUUCGUCGGCAUCUGGUGUAUUAAAAAAGACCUCAGCCCCCACCCACCGCAAGAAAUCAGGCCCCAAGUUCGAACUAAGCGAAGACCAAAAGAAUGACAUUAAAGAAGCAUUCGAUUUGUUCGAUACAGAAGGCACCGGCAGAAUAGACUCCAAGGACCUAAAAGUGGCCAUUAGAGCCCUAGGAUUCGAACCCAAAAAGGAAGAAAUCAAAAAAAUGAUUGCCGACAUUGAUAAAGAUGGUUCAGGAAAAAUCUCUUACGAGGACUUUUUGGAGCUUAUGUCCCUAAAGAUGGCCGAGAAGGAUUCUAGGGAGGAGAUUUUAAAAGCGUUCAGACUGUUUGAUGAUGAUGAAACCGGAAAAAUCAGCUUUAAGAAUCUUAAAAGGGUGGCGAAAGAAUUAGGGGAGAACCUCACUGACGAGGAGCUACAAGAGAUGAUUGAUGAGGCAGACCGAGAUGGAGACGGUGAGAUAAGUCAGGAUGAGUUUUUAAGAAUAAUGAAGAAAACCAGCCUUUAUUAAGAAGAAUUUCCUCAUAUCGUAUUGUGGUACUUAAGAGUGUUAAAGUGUGUAUUUUUUUUUUGCCCAACAAACUGUUCUUGUUGAAGUUUGUUAAGCUUAGCUAUGGUUUUCGGCUGUUUGAAUGAGACAUUCCUAUUUCGAGUAUCCAUCGAUCUAGUCAUAGUUUUUUAAUUUUGUUUUUUUUAUAAUUCGGGUUUAAACAAAUGAUAUUUUGUGAAAUUA